CGGCAAUUAUGUUGCAACAAAUAAGGAUGCUGCUGCUCAGCAUCGUUACGCUUUGCCGGCGUGCCUUAUGCUGCUUCUCGCGGCGCCGGAAAUUGAGCCACAGCGGCGGUGGUAUCACAUCCAACGGGGACCAGCUCCAAGCCGUCAACGUAAUUGUGGAGCGGGGGGACUUUGCGGCGGCUGCUGGAUCAGCAGGUGGUGGUGGUGGCAGUCGGUCAAUCGGAAGGGAGCGGGACUGGAACUCGUGGGACGACAGCCCCCGAACCGUGGAGGAGCACAUAGAGCAAUACCGUCAGCGCAUGGCCCAGCCCCCAACGCCGCCCAAAGAAGAGCCCGAGCCGGAUUUCUUUAGUGAGCUGACGCCCACCAUCAAGCCCCAGGUGAAAUACUUUCUGGACGAUCCCACAGCCACGGCUGCGUCGAACCAACAAACCGACUUUUCAAGACUGCAGGCCCAGGAUGUGGUACCCAUCAGCGAUACUGCCGAUCUCGAGGACUGGGUGGAUGACAAUCCUGGCGGCUGGGAGGAGCUGGACACCUCAGGGACCAAGCAAAUCAUACGCGAGAAGCGGCGCGAGGCGCGGCAACAGCGUCAGCCGUUGACCAAAGCCGUCCAACCGACCAUUGGAGCCCAGCGCCUGAGCGACAUCCAUCGCGUUGCGUAGCUGUCAAUGUGCCACCUCCUCCCCCCCCACUACCCCACUCCCAUCAUUUAGCAUUCCAUGUCCAUUUUCCCCGUACUGUUUUUCCCAUUUGGCUGUUUCUUUAUCGGCUGCCUUCCAGUACAGUUUCUAGUACAAGAGUGGCUUGGAUUUAGUUGAUUGGGCACACAAAAUAAAUCUUGCCUUUCAUUUGCA